CGCCGAGCCCCUGCCGCUCGGGGCAGACGAUGCUGAAGAUGCUCUCCUUUAAGCUGCUGCUCCUGGCCGUGGCUCUGGGCUUCUUUGAAGGAGAUGCUAAGUUUGGGGAAAGAAUCGAAGGGAGCGGAGCGCGGAGGAGAAGGUGCCUGAAUGGGAACCCCCCGAAGCGCCUGAAAAGGAGAGAUAGGCGGAUGAUGUCCCAGCUGGAGCUGCUGAGUGGGGGAGAGAUGCUGUGCGGUGGCUUCUACCCUCGGCUGUCCUGCUGUCUGCGGAGUGACAGCCCAGGGUUGGGGCGCCUGGAUAACAAGAUAUUUUCUGUUACCAACAACACAGAAUGUGGGAAGUUACUGGAGGAAAUCAAGUGUGCACUUUGCUCUCCACAUUCUCAGAGCCUGUUCAACUCACCUGAAAGAGAAGCCUUGGAAAGAGACCUUGUACUUCCCCUGCUCUGCAAAGACUAUUGCAAAGAAUUCUUUUAUACUUGCCGAGGCCAUAUUCCAGGUUUCCUUCAAACUACUGCUGAUGAGUUUUGCUUUUACUAUGCAAGAAAAGAUGGUGGGUUGUGCUUUCCAGAUUUUCCAAGAAAACAAAUCAGAGGACCAGCAUCUAACUACUUGGACCAGAUGGAAGAAUAUGACAAAGUGGAAGAGAUCAGCAGGAAGCACAAACACAACUGCUUCUGUAUCCAGGAGGUGGUGAAUGGGCUGCGCCAGCCUGUCGGUGCCCUGCACAGCGGGGACGGCUCGCACCGGCUCUUCAUUCUGGAAAAAGAAGGUUACGUGAAGAUACUUACCCCCGAAGGAGAAAUUUUCAAGGAGCCUUAUUUGGACAUUCACAAACUUGUUCAAAGUGGAAUAAAGGGAGGAGAUGAAAGAGGUCUGCUAAGCCUCGCAUUCCAUCCCAAUUACAAGAAAAAUGGAAAGCUGUAUGUGUCUUAUACCACCAACCAAGAACGGUGGGCUAUUGGGCCUCAUGACCACAUUCUUCGAGUUGUGGAAUACACAGUAUCCAGAAAAAAUCCCCAUCAAGUUGAUUUGAGGACAGCCAGAGUAUUUCUUGAAGUGGCAGAACUCCACAGAAAGCAUCUAGGAGGGCAACUGCUCUUUGGCCCUGAGGGCUUUUUGUACAUCAUUCUCGGUGAUGGGAUGAUCACACUGGAUGAUAUGGAAGAAAUGGAUGGGUUAAGUGAUUUCACAGGGUCGGUGCUGCGGCUGGACGUGGACACAGAUAUGUGCAACGUGCCUUAUUCCAUCCCCAGAAGUAAUCCGCACUUCAACAGCACCAACCAGCCCCCGGAAGUGUUUGCGCACGGCCUGCACGAUCCAGGCAGAUGUGCUGUGGAUCGACAUCCCACUGAUAUAAACAUCAAUUUAACAAUACUUUGUUCAGACUCCAAUGGAAAGAACAGAUCAUCAGCCAGAAUCCUACAGAUAAUAAAGGGGAAAGACUAUGAAAGUGAGCCAUCACUUUUAGAAUUCAAGCCAUUCAGUAAUGGUCCUUUGGUGGGUGGAUUUGUUUACCGAGGAUGCCAGUCUGAAAGACUGUAUGGAAGCUAUGUGUUUGGAGACCGGAAUGGGAAUUUCUUAACCCUCCAGCAAAGUCCCGUGAGCAAGCAAUGGCAAGAAAAACCACUCUGUCUCGGCAACAGUGGUUCCUGUAGAGGUUACUUUUCAGGUCACAUCUUGGGAUUUGGAGAAGAUGAAUUAGGUGAAGUUUACAUUCUAUCAAGUAGUAAAAGUAUGACCCAGACUCACAAUGGAAAACUCUACAAAAUUGUAGAUCCCAAAAGACCUCUGAUGCCCGAGGAGUGCAGAGCCACGGUACAGCCUGCACAGACAUUGACUUCGGAAUGCUCCCGGCUCUGUCGGAACGGCUACUGUACCCCCACGGGCAAGUGUUGCUGCACCCCAGGAUGGGAAGGGCACUUCUGCAGAAUUGCAAAAUGUGAGCCAGCGUGUCGUCAUGGAGGCGUCUGUGUGCGACCGAACAAGUGCCUCUGUAAAAAAGGCUAUCUUGGUCCUCAGUGUGAACAAGUGGACAGAAACAUCCGCAGAGUGACCAGGGCAGGUAUUCUUGAUCAGAUCAUUGACAUGACAUCUUAUUUGCUGGAUCUAACAAGUUACAUUGUAUAGUUUCUGGGACUGUUUGAAUCUUCCUUUCCAAUGGGCAUUUAUUUUUUAUCCUGUCAUUAAAAAGAAAGACUGUUCUCCUGCUACACACUUCCUGUGAUUUCAUUUUCUUUUAUUAAUUUAAAAAUAAUUUCCAGAAAUGUGCAGAUCCUGUGUGUGUAUGUCGGCACGUUUGUUCACAUAUGCACAUACACACACACACACACACUCACAACCUCUAUACGCGUGGUUGCAUAACAGAUGGGUUUUAAAUAUAUAUAUUUCCUUGUGUGGGGUAAUUUACACAGAAGUUCCAUUGUAAAUUGAUAACGGAAUUUUUAUGUCACCAAAAGAGAUUAUCUGACUUCCCAGGAAUUUUCUGUCUGUAAUAGCUAAAGUCAACUUUAAUGGAGUUUUGAAACAUUACUGUGCAAUCUGAUGGAUCUAAUAAAAAAGGCAAUAUUUUUAUAUUAAAGGAUUAUAAUGUGAGAGAAUGUUUCAGAACUCCCUGAUGAAUUUCUAAAUGGGCGACGAUAUAAAAUUGUAAUCUUCAUUUGUAUCAAUGUAUCCAAUUACAGAAUGUUACCCACUUACCUUCUUAUUGGCAGAGAAAUCCGGUUACUCUAGUUUAAUCUCAAGAUUGUUUUCAAGCGUUUUAUAAUUAAAUCAUAACGGCAUAUUCUGAAAUCAAUCUUCCUAAAAGGUCUGCUUUUAUUAUAUAUUGUAUCUAACAAUAGGCACUGGGUUUGUGUUACCUAUUUAUAUUUUUUAUUUUAUUUUUAUAAUAUAGACAUCACCUAGAUGAAACAUCUUUGCCCUGUCCUGUAAAAUACUAAAGUUACAUUUUUCACCAACUUAAUUGGAAAGAAGGGGAGUGAGAAAGCAAACAGUCUUUAAUGUGCUGUGGAUCUAAUCUAGCAAUGUGCCCCUGUGCCAACAUGUAAUCAUUAACGACGGAUGAAAAAGCAAGAAAACAGCCAAUCCUUAUAAAAUUCCAGCAUUAAACAUAUGUAAAGUGCUUUUCACCAUAGCAAGACUGUCAGAGUAUAUGUGAUUAGAACGUUGCAGAUUUCACACUGAAUGAAACUCACUGGAGAAGAGCUCACUCGUUUCUAACAAAUCUUGGCUAUGUAAGCUUAAAAUACUAAUUCUUGCCAAAUAUGAGUUUUAAUGUAUAUGUUCCUUUUAAGACCUCAGUGAAAAUCCUCUUUGGUUAAUGUAUGAAUAAAUUUCUAUAAAUGUUCUGUUCAGGUUUUUAAAGAAAUGCCAUGAUCUAAUUUAAAACUGCAAAAAAUCUGAUAGACAUUUUUCUUACUGGUUUUUGAGGCCAGCUCUCCACAUUUGGAUUGUAACAAAAUCAUAAGGCCUCUUUGCACUACUGAGAAAGCAUCUAUCGUGACGUGCACACACCCGCUAUGGGUUGUCCUUCUGUAAACAUCUGUUCUUCCAGAAUCUAAAUUGUAGACUAGUACAGAAUAUGAGCACAGGCUGACUGUCCAAACCCACUCCUUACCUUUGGGAAUAUGAACCUCAAUUAAAAAGAAUAAAAUCGGGUAACUAGUAUUUCUCUAUUGUUUUAAAGUGAGAGGUUUGCAAUUAAAGCACAGUGAGCAUUUAUGUAGAAAGGUUGGUUAAGUACACUGCUCUUGUCUUCCAUAUAUGAUUGCUUAAGUUUCAAGUGACCUCAUGCCAAAUGGAAAUGGGUUGAGAAAUCUUGGUUCAGUGCUUAGUGAACAAUAGCCUGCAUUAAAAAGUGCAUGCAUAAUUUUGCACAAUUUAGAUUCAAUUGACAGUCUAUUCAAAGAAGUCUCAGGAUUAAAUGAGCAUGGAGACCAAAUUGCCCUCUUACCCCAGAAAAGGGGUGGUCCCUUCUAGUCACACUAACACUUCAUUGGCCCAAGAGUGUGACAAAUCUUGCAAUGAACCUGCAGUAGCCCGCAUCUGGAGGUUAAUAGCAGUCUUUUGUCUCCUUUGCUUUCUCUUCAUAGCCCUUUUACUGAAUUCCAUCACAGAAAGUUUUACAAUUAAAAAAAAAAUGUCCUGACAACCAUUUUUGUAAAUGGACCUUACCAUCUAAUCGUCCCUUAUUCAACGUGGGUGACAUUAACAAAAUGUGAACUUCUGGUGAGGGAGCCAGCUGUCUAAAUCUGUCAAAUUGUGCAGUUUUAUUACACAUUCUCCUGUUCAUAGUUUCACUGAAAACAAUAAGGAUACUGCUAUAUAUUCAGCAAAAUCUGAAAAAUCCAGGGUUUCUUCUUACACACUUAAUCUUUCCAUCUCUUCCAAAAGAAUCUUUCCAAACGAAAAGGUGUUAUAUUGCCAUUAGUCCUACUGUUUAAAAAUAUCUAUAUUAAAUUGACCAGACCCAAACGUUUACACAGUCCUUUCCCAAGCGAAAGAGUUUCAAAUGUCUUGGAAAAACAUAUGUACCCCAGGUGUCACUGCCUUUUCUAUUGUGAAUCAUUAGAAUAAAAGGCUAAACUCUUCUAAAAGCGAAGAUAGCAAGAUCCAUGGAUAUUAAACCCGAACAAAGAAAGUCAAGUCGUUGGAGCCAUUUCUUUUUGUUCUUGGGAGAGACGUAAAUAGCGGUGGCUAAUUGAUGGCGACAUAUUUUAAACUCAGUGAUCAUUUCAAAAAAAUCUUUUGACCUUUCUUUUUUCCAGUCAGAUUUUUAAACUGUGACUGGAGAAUUCUCUUGAAUGAUCCAUGAUAGGCAGGUAGGAAUUGGUUAAAAUAUGAGCUAGGGAAAAAGUUAUUGUUUUGUCCUGUGAAUGGCAAUGUCUCCUUGGUUCUGGAAGCACACAAUCAGAAUGCAAAAAAUCAUGUCCUUGGUAUGGGUGUAGAUGUGUGAGAUAAAGCUAAAAUAAAUAAAUAGAAAAAUGUAUAUUAUUACUCCUUUGUCCAUUCUGGACCUUAAGCUUUGGGUGUCCAUUUAAUGUGAAAUGCUGUUAUGGAAGUUAUAAAGGGUUGGAAAAAAAAAAAAACUUUCUACCAUGGCUUUGGCCAAACUCUUGUCCUGGUUAAUAGAACCCUGCUUUCUGGCCAGUUCUUUAAGGUAAUGAGAAGAAAACUGAAUUGGCACAUCAUUAAACUGAAAAGAAAAGAAGAGUUAAAAAAAAAAUAAGGUGUGUGAUGAUAAAAAGUUCCAUCUAUACCUUUUCUUCUUGGAGUUUUGUUUCGGUGUGGCUAUUGUAAAAUAUAGGUCUUACUCUUUCACAAAGAAUACUCAGAAGUUUUCUCAGAUUAUUGGACUAUCUCAUAAAGAAAGAGCAGAGAAACAUACACAUACAACAUAGACGCACGACCUGAAUAGAAAACCAUUCUCUUUUUCAUUUAUAUACUUCAGAGCAGGUGCCUCUUCUCUAUUGAUUUCUUUGAAAAUAAUUACAGCCCAAUGUAUUAACAACCUUAAUAUAUUUCUUUUCAGUAUUAUUUUUUAAUCUCUGAAUCAUAAACUGUAUAAUAAGCCUACCAGGUAUGAAAUAUGAGGUUAGAUGCUACAUCCAGGGUCUUUCAAAGCACACAUUAACUUAAACUUAAUUAUUAGUCUAACAUUCUUAGCUUUGAAACAGAAAAGAGAAAGCAAGACCAAAUUUUUAAGAGGAAAAAUAUGUAUACCCUAGGCAGAUGUAGUUGGCUGAUUGAUAUGUUAAAGUUUCUGAGCGUCUCUACAGAAUAUUACCUAUAGUAUUUAUCUCUACCCCCAUCUCUGUCUCUCUCUCUGUCUCUCUGUCUCUCUUCUCUCACCUUCCCUCCCCCCCCCCCAUAUAUCCUUCUUCCUAUAACCUCUUCCAUUUCUAUCAGUUUUGACUAAACAGACAUGUCUUCAGUAGUACACCCAUAAUGAAGAUGUCCUGGGGUAGAUAGCUAUUGAUUUUGCUUAUUAUGAUCUUUGUUUUCCUGAAAAACACCCUCUCCCAGUGUCACAUGUGCUCAGACUCUAUCAUGAAGAACAGUAGACAAAUAUGAAUAUAUUAGAUCGACCUAUUACAGCUGUCGAAAAAAAUAACCAAAAGGAUAAAUGACUACAAUCCUGGAUGCUCCAGCUUGGCUUGUGUUCCAUCAUAGAUACAGGAAAACACAAAGAAUACCCCAGUCAAGAGCUUGAGCUAACAGUAGUAAAAGUUAGUAGCUAUUUCCUAGUCAGGCACGACCAUCUGUAUGGAGUCUGUUUUGAAGAUUAUUCCAAAUCUCUCCUUUCCCCACCUCUGGGUUGAGACUUGAACUUGCGGAGAAAUCAGACCAAAGUUCCAUGCCCCGAAAAUGUACAUAUAUCUGUAUCCGUGCUAGGAAGUUAGUGAGCCUAUUAUUGUGAAUACUUUCAGAAAGGCCCUCUUCAGAAUAUCCUAAAGAAAUACGUUUGCUAUCUUACAUUCUUUCUCUUCAUCACUCUAACACAAAUUAGUCAUACCUUCAAUAAUUAACAAUGUCAGAGAAGGUGGACACUGAAUAAUAGAAGCAUUUUGAUAUGAAAAAUACUAAAACCAUGACCUUAAAAUCUGCCAAACACUAAUCCUAGCCAACUUCAACACUUCUGUCUCUUAAAUAUCUUCUCGUAAGGUUUAAAAUUGCUUUAAAAUAAGUGUUUAGGACAGUGAGCUGCAUUCAAGACAUCACGAGUGCCAUUUUCUUGUCCAUCAUAGUGGUAUCCUCCCUAGCUGCUAGGAAGAGAUGUAUUCAUUUGUCAGCUCAGCACUUUUCUUAAAAUCUCCAAUUAAAUCUGAACCCAGCAGAUGCCCAUUAUUUACCUUGCUUUCUUUUGUAUAGGUCAUAUAUAAGCAGAUUGAAAAAAUAAAGAGUAAAAUAAUGGAUUCCUGGUAUCCACAUAAAGCCUUAGGUCUAAAAAUUGUUAAUGCUUUUUUUUAAGCCAGAUUACACACUGACUUACCACAAAAAAAAAAACAAAAAGAUAUCAAUUCAACAUGAAUUCUAACCUAUUAGAAUUUGCUCAUGUAUACCACAGUCAGACAUCUAGUUUCAGUAAGGAUAUUUUUUUGCAUGUGUCAAUUAUAUAUUACUUAAAAUCAAAAUAUAUGUAUAUUUUAUAUAUACAUGCAAAUUAACAAAUGUUUGGUGGGUUAUCUCAAUUGACUGUAAUAUGUUAAGUUAAAAAAACACAUUUUUAGCACAUAGGAUUGAAAGAACAGAACAUUAACAGUGCUGUAAAAUUCAUAAUGGAUAAAUUUAUAAUAAACUUUGUCUUCAUAGUUAGAAACUAAUUCCAGUACAUUUCUCUUUGCACUGACGACUAGCCAAUAGUUUCCAUUCAUAUGAACAAUGUGUGAUCAGGUUUGGUGUAGUCUAUGCCCAGAAUGUAUGUUGGGUGUUUCUUUACCCCAUUCUUAAAAUCUGAGACAUGACUUUUCCUAGAAUAAGUUAAGAUUACAUGUAUAGUAGAACCUAAUACUAUUAAUACAUUCUAUUCAUAAUACUAUUAUUGAGAAAUUAAAUUGACAGCCUUACGAGAAUCAGGUGCUCUCCGUAUCUCAUAUCCACAGGACAUAUUUGGACAUGCAUUUCACCAAGAACCACAUAGUAACAAGAUAAAUGAUAUGAAAGUAGUAUGGAAUUUGGAUGGCUUGAUUCCCUAGGACAUAUUAAUUUGAAAGAAACCCAUCUAAUUAAAAUGAAAAAAUUAUCAAAUCAUUAUCAUCAAUAAGCAUAAAAGAAAUCUGAAAAAACAAAACAAAACCCCUGUGUCUUCCCUGGCUUUAUCUUUAUGAUUAAUUUAGUCCAGUUUUAAAGAAUAGUUAGCUUUCUUAUUCUUCUAAUGUGUUUUCGUUCUUCUAGCUGUUCAUUUUCCUUUAGGUUGUUGACAAGUAACGGAUCCUUGCCUGAAUUUCUGUUAGGACAUGGAAAGCUGUGAGAACAAGUGGUAAAGGCAGGUACAUGUUUGAGGGAGCAGAGGUAAUAUAGGUACUAGUUGGGAUUUGCAUAAAUGUUCUCCUGAAGGGUAAUAGGCAAAGUCAUUGGCUCAGAUAAUCCCUCUAAAUUUGACUUAAUCUGAUUUAUUUAACCAAGUUAUUAAAACAUUCAGUUCUCUUUGAUCAAUCCUCUAUUAUUCAGCUACCUUUCCAUUCAUUAACUCCACAUAUAUUUAUUGAAGUGUCUGGAAUGAUUAUGUGCUAUAAAAAAGGCAAGGAUGUUUACAAUGGGGGAUUGUGAGCCCAGUGGGUAUGAUGAACAUGUUUGAAGCAAAAGACAAUAACCAGUCACACCCAAGCAGCUCCAAUUCAGCUCAACUUAGAGUCCAGCAAUAAUAGUACAGAUGGCCUAAAGUACAUCUGUGUGUAUCUGUACGUGUGCACACACCCAUGUAUAUAUAUAUUUAUCUAUCUGUACAAACACUACAUAUGUAUACACACUAUCUAUGUAAUAUAUAAUAUAUGUAUAAUGCAUAUAAAUUCUAACAAGUGUAUUUGUGUUAUCUUUAAAAUAGAACGAUUGUAUCUUAAAGUGGUAAAUGCAGAGAAUUGGAUUUUAUUGUUGAUCUGUGGAUUUAAUGAUUUUUAGGUGAAAAGGAUGUUUAAGUGUACAAUUUCUUUUCUUAAUUUAAUAUAUUUAUGUAAAUGCAUGCCUGAAAUUUGGUUAGAUUGGCUGUGUUUUGUGUCCUUUAACAUGAUCAAAUGUAUUAAACUUUAUCUUAUGACCUGA